AUGCCACUCUGUUUAGUCAAGAAGCUGCAUCACACAACCAGGAUGUCACAUCACCCAACCUAGAUGUCACAUCACCCAACCUAGAUGUCAAAUUACACAACAGAUUAAAGCGAAGUCUGAAAAAAGAAUUGAAUAAAGGAUGGGAUGUCAAAACUGUACCAUAUUAUUAUGAUGAUACUUUCAGUAGCUCAGAGAGGUCUAUAAUUGCUACAGCUAUUGAACAGUGGAGUGGGAAGACCUGCCUUGUGUUUCAGCUUUUACAAGGCCCCACUGCUGGUACUAAAUACAUUCAUAUACACAAACUCAAUACAGAUGUGUGUUCUGCUAAACAGUCAGUACAAGAUAAACAAGAACUUGGUCUUGGAUCAUCAUGUUUCAAGGUGUCACUUAUAGUGCGUCAUAUUGGGUUCCUACUUGGCUUCUCCAAUGAGCAACAGAGACCAGACAGGGACAACCACAUAACUCUGAUACCUGGUAAUGUAGACCCAACUCAGCUUGGACAGUUUGAGAAGCUAGCUUGGUUCAAGAUGCAGCAUUUUGGUAUACCCUACGAUCUUGCCUCUAUCAUGCAUGGAUCCAGCGUGGCAUUCAGCAAUACAUCAGGCUCAGUUACUAUGGUAACUGUUGAUCCAGAGAAGCAGGGAAUUAUGGGACAGGAAGUUGGUGUGUCCUUCUAUGAUGCCAAGUUAAUUAACUAUAAAAUAUGCGCAAGAGAAUGCCCUGAUUACAACACCCUUGACUGGAGUGAGUGCCAACAUGGGGGGUAUAGGAACCCUGAAAAUUGCCCUGAAUGUUUGUGUCCAGAUGGCUGGGAAGGGGACAGAUGUCAGUCACCUAUGGCUCCUGUUAAUGCAAGUUGUGGUGGCAGUGUAAUUGCUAUGUUUACACCUCAGUACAUAGAGAGCCCUGGUUAUGGCACUACUGGGUAUACCAAGGGACAACAGUGUACUUGGAGAAUAACCACCUUGCCAGGAGCAGAUGAGGAAAUCCUCAUAGACUUUGUGAGUCCAAGUAGUCUACAUUGCCCUAUGGUUGGUGGACAGAAGGCCUGUGUAUCAGACUGGUUGCAGGUCAGGUUUACUGAUACAGUGGGAAAUGGUCCAAGGUAUUGUUGUGAGUUUCCCACCAGGCAGUUUGUAUCCCAGGGAACAGAGGUGCUGGUUCUUUUUAGGUCUCAUUUGUUAACCCCUGGGGAAGUGGCUGCACCCAAUACAGGAUUCAGACUCUCAUACAAGCUUAGAGCCAGAGUGACACCAAUUCCUUGUAAGAUCUUACAGUUGUCUGGGAUCAGCUCACACCGUGCAUCUUACAUGGCUGGUCGGUAUACCCUUCAACCCCAUACAUAUAACAGUAGACCUGUAUACAGAAGGUUCAACACACAGGAGCAGAUAUUCUAUGAUGGAACUUUCUGGAAGGUUGCCCUGAGUUAUUUUAGCACAGGGAAGAUUAGGGUCAAUGAUUCCGUACCUGUACCUGAGCUCAUCAGCGCCAUCUGGGAGGUAGAUGGUGGGGGCAGUUGGAUACAGGAUGAUGCUGUUACUUUGAAAUGCUCAUCUGCACCAUGUGAGAAAAUACUGAUUGCCAAUGUGGAAUCACCUGGUGUAUAUAAACUACUGCCUGGCCUGUCAAACAACAGACCUGCAUAUAAACAUUUGUAUGAUGGCAUCUAUCUCUACUCAGUCACUCAUCUAGGGAGGCACCAUUGGAUUAUUGGUGGUAUCUUGGGACAUAUCAAUCAGAAUAUAGAAGCUGUUGUACAAAGUUCUGUUGAAGAUCCUGUAGAAAUAACUGAGACUUGGAACUCUACUGUCCCUGACCCAGUGAUAUCUUGCUUUGAAGGUAUUGAUGUGUGUGAUCAUAUACUCAUUAGAAGCACUAACUAUGAAUCAACUGGAGCAUAUGACAAGAAUGGUGCUUACAAAAUAGAUGGCCAUCUCGUCAAUGGGCACCCUUCAUACACGCUACAAGAUGGCACUCUCACCUUGAGCUAUGUCAUUAAAGAUGACCUGGACCAGUUUUGGACCAUCAGCCCAACACCAGGGGAGCCUGGGUCAUCAGCAGAGGUCACAAUCAGAGCAGAUACACCAGAUAUUAGCCCUGAAACUAUUACAGAAUGGUAUCUCUAUACAGGAGGUGUAGCUAUCCCAGACAACUCUAUCACUAGUGACUGUAUACCAGCUCGCUCUUGGUGCUCCAAAAUCUACAUCGGAUAUCUUGAUCCUACGAUACCAAGAAAGAAAUAUUUUGGAAUUUUCAAAAUUGACUAUAGUUCUACCCUUUCUGGGAAGUAUAUAUACAAGCAUGAGGAUCGCUCUAAAUUCUUCUAUGCCAGCAGUAACAGAUGGUUCAUAGGGACCACACCAGGAAGUACGAGACAAGUGAUACAAUUCAAUGAUGCAGCUUACUACCCUGAGGACAUUGAACAAGGCGCCU